UCGGCUGGACUUUACGACUGUGCUACCCCGUUUCCUUUCUCUGUACAUCAUGUCCUUUCUCAGUCCUCAAGACAUCUGUGCUGCAGCACAGGUGAGCUGGCACUGGAGGUUUCUGGCUGAGCAGGACUGUCUGUGGUUGCCCAAGUGCAUACGCCUGGGCUGGUUUCUUCCCUACAGUCCAUCAGAUCAUGAGUAUGGAGCCUGGAAAAGACAUUACGUGGCCUGUGCCGCCAGUUUGGAUAUUCUGACUCCACGGGAGGCAGCAGGUGUCUAUGGCACUUUAAAUGAGAGUUUGACUGCACCAGAGGAGCAGGAGGAGAGAUGGAGAGAGCUCAUGAUUAAACAAACAAUCAGAGACAAGAUAGCUGAACAUAAAAAGGCUGUUCUGAAGACGAGAAGGGCAUGGAUAAACACCAGUAAAUUGGGCACAUCAUUUACUGGAAGCAUUCACAAUCAACCAUUGACUCUUACUGCUGCUCUCGUUCAUAUAGGGGACAAGUGUCGUUUGAAAAACUCAUAUUCCAAUGUCGACACCAUAAAAUCACAGGAUGGUUUGACCAUAAGCAGAACUCUUGAGAACAUAUAUGCUUCCAGUUUGGUAAAAACUAUGAGGUCAGUAAAACAGUAUUAACAUCAAGUUCAUGAGUACCCAAAAAAUAUAUUUGCAACCUGUGGUGACUGUGGUGUUCUUGCAGU